AUGUCAAGAGUGUGCAAGUUAGGUGGCGACAAUGCACGCCACACCAGAAACUACGAUGAAUUCGAGGGAAUAAAUUUUGCAGCGUUAUCUGCAACUGGUGAGGGUGCCGGCGCGGUGGAUGCGGUGGUGCGGCGCUAUCGCCUUGAGAACGGCAAUUCUCUCGGAGAAAAAGACGAGUUAUUCGGACCACCGAGCGCACCUGUACUUGAAAAUCCCGAAUUCCAAACGCGAUGGUACUUCAAGUAUUUCCUGGGUAAAAUGCACCAAAACUACAUAGGCGUGGACGGAGCCAGGGAGCCGUAUUUACUCAGUGUUGUCCAAGAGGGUGCCGGGCUUUUACGCGCUAUACUUUUCAACAAAAUGGGUGCUCACAAAAUAUAUCUACCAGCUAGCGCGUGGAGUGGUGGAACGGCCCAAACUCCGACACGACCAACUGUUAAACAAAUUCUAGCCCAAUUUACAGCGAUGGAGCGAGUCGAUAAAGUACCGCGAGAGAUAACUUGCCCGGAACUACAAAAGGACAUUUUGCUGCUCGAAGAACAAGAGGGCUCGGUGAACUUCAAGAUCGGGAUUAUGCUAAUGAGGCCUGGCCAAAGGACAGACGACGAAAUGCUAUCCAACGAGAGAGGCAACGAAAAAUGGGAGCGAUUUAUCUCGCUACUGGGAGACAAGAUUCGAUUAAGAGGCUGGAACCGUUUCCGAGGAGGUCUCGACGUCAAAGGAGACAUGACCGGUAGUCACUCAAUCUACACGAUGCACCAAGGGCAUGAAAUCAUGUUCCACGUAUCUACCAUGCUACCAUUCUCCAAAGAUAAUAAGCAGCAGUUGGAGAGAAAACGACACAUUGGCAACGAUAUAGUAAACAUUAUAUUCACCGAGGAUUCGGCGCACAACACUUUUAAUCCACAAUACGUCAAAAGCCAUUUUACUCAUAUAUUUGCCGUGGUUUCCGAAGUAGAAGGCGAAGGUUACCGACUCAGCGUGUACAGCGAUGACACCGUACCACCCUUUGGCCCAUCGCUGCCCUGCCCCCCAGUCUUUAAUGAUCCUCAGCUCUUUAGGGAAUUUUUACUGGUUAAGCUCAUGAACGGUGAGAAAGCGGCCUUCCAAACGCCAACGUUUGCGCUGAAACGCCAGCGAACCCUUGAUACGCUGAUCAGAGAUAUCUACGCAGAGCAUUGUUCAGACCACAAAGUUCCUAUGCUGUCGCGACGCGCGCUCUCGGACGUGUGGUCGGGAGGGGCGGGGGCGGGGGGCGCUGGUGCAGCUCGCACCGAACGAUUCCUGCACGUAGGUCAGGCCCUUAAGCUGGAUGCCGUGCUACGCGGCGAUGCCCCCACCAGCCUCGUUUCCACCGGCUCAGGCGGGUCCCGACGAGCUCCAUGGGAAGGUCGUGUGUGGCGUGCGGCACCUUUGCCCGCCUCUCCAGUAUGUGCUGAACAAUUGUCAGAAGGGCGUCUUCUUCUUUCCACAUCCUCCAAUACUUAUAUUCUGGAAGAAAGCGGCACGACCAGGGUGGUGCUGCGUUGGGAGGGGUGCGUGCGCGCCGCUCGCGUCACGGAGCGUGUGGGGCUGUUCCGCGUGGGGGCGCGGGCGCUCGCCGGCGGGGGGUCAACGACCGGGGGGGGGCGGGGGGCGCGGGGCUGUACGCCCUGCCGU